AAUGCUAUGGCACAUAAAUGUUAGUGUUAUCUUUAAAAGCUGAUUUGAUAAGAGGUUGCAGCAGUGAACUAUGAAUCUUUUGUUCUUGGCUAUAAAAGGCAAUCUAAGGGAGGCUUUGUAUGGUCACAUGAGCAUUUUUAAGCUAAGCGUCAAAUAUGACAUCUCAUCUUUUGUUUAUUAUCAUUGGACGAUAUAGUAUUGCACCACAAGAAUUUCUCUGCAAUUCCAUAUUACAAUACGAACUAUGUCCUCUAUACUGUAUAUGAAGAUUAGAGUUAAACGAACGCAUUGACUGUCACUCAUUUUCACCAAACAAGACUCAUACUCCUCCAAUGUUUUCCUAAGUAAUUUUGCCUCAUUUAACAAUUUCCCUUUGGGCACUUAACCAAGAGCAAGCAAAGUAUUUUCCAUAUCAGUAGUGCGUGGUCCUCACAGAUAUCCAAGGUGACGAGUUUGCCACGGCAACAAGAAGCAGCCUGCGGUCUGAACUGGCGUAGAAGGAGACAGGUGUGGGUAUUUUUCUACAAAAAUAAGAGGAGGAAACGGUCCUUCUGUUGCCUUAGUUACGGGGAGUCAGGAAGGGAGAAAAUUAUGAAUGAAACCCUUUUUCCUCUGCAGAUUAUUAAUGUUUAAGAGGGUGACGAAAUCUUGUUUUUUUUUAAAGUUAAAAGUAUAGUCAUCAUCGGCUCAGACAGCUGUAGUGGCGCAAGGUAAGCCGGUCGAGCGUCCUUUGCUGGAACAUCUCUCACGCCGGGACUGUGGUGACUUUCUGGAAUGCAAACAGAUUUAGGCUACAAAAAUAUUCAUCUCUUCAGUCACGGAUGACUGAAAAUGGACCACACAAAAGACCGUCCGUUGUGACUGACUAUUGGAAUAUCCGCAAAUGACCAUGAAGAAAGUCGGAUAAGUCAAGCGACGCUUUAUGUACAUUCUUACAUUUCAUUUGAGCCAACUGCGUCAAGCCGUUGUUCAGAAAGACCUGAAGAAAACCUGCACCGCAGAUUUUUCUUUCAAAUGAUGCACCCAUGAAGAGGACACACCAUGGACCUUCAUACCACGGAUAAGGUGGACCAAAUUCUGUCUGAAUUUCUGCUGAGUAAAGAAGAUCUAGAGGAAGUGAUGAGGAGAAUAAGGAGAGAGAUGGAGAGGGGACUGCGAGUGGAGACACAUGACGAAGCCAGCGUCAAAAUGCUUCCCACUUAUGUCCGCUCCACACCUGAAGGCUCCGAGGUUGGUGAUUUCCUGGCGCUGGAUCUUGGAGGCACAAACUUUCGAGUGAUGCUGGUGAAAGUGGGUGAAGAUGAAGAGCGAGGCUGGAAGGUGGAGACAAAGCAUCACAUGUACUCCAUCCCUGAAGACGCCAUGACCGGCACGGCUGAAAUGUUGUUUGACUACAUUGCCGGGUGCAUAUCCGACUUCCUGGACAAGCAUAAUCUGAAGCAUAAGAAGCUUCCGCUGGGAUUCACCUUCUCUUUUCCAGUCCGUCAUGAGGAUUUGGACAAGGGCAUUCUGCUCAACUGGACUAAAGGCUUCAAGGCCUCUGGCGCUGAGGGCAAUAAUGUUGUCGGCCUACUGAGAGAUGCCAUUAAAAGAAGAGGGGACUUUGAAAUGGACGUGGUUGCCAUGGUGAACGACACAGUAGCCACCAUGAUCUCCUGCUACUAUGAAGAUCGCAGCUGUGAAGUCGGUAUGAUAGUAGGGACCGGCUGUAAUGCGUGUUAUAUGGAGGAGAUGCGUAAGGUGGAGCUGGUGGAGGGAGAGGAGGGGAGGAUGUGUGUGAACACAGAGUGGGGAGCGUUUGGGGACAAUGGCGAACUGGAGGACUUCCGGCUGGAGUACGACCGUGUUAUUGACGAGACUUCACUAAACCCUGGACAUCAGCUGUACGAGAAGCUGAUUGGUGGGAAGUAUAUGGGCGAGCUUGUGCGUCUUGUGCUGGUAAAACUAGUGAAUGAAAACCUGCUGUUCAAUGGAGAAGCCUCAGACCUCCUGAAAACACGUGGAGCUUUUGAAACUCGCUUCGUCUCCCAGAUCGAGAGUGACACGGGGGACAGGAAGCAGAUCUACAACAUCCUAAGCUGCCUGGGAAUCCUGCCGUCGGAGCUGGACUGUGACGUUGUGCGUCUGGUCUGCGAGAGCGUGUCCACGCGCGCCGCUCACGUGUGCGGGGCCGGCCUCGCGGGCGUCAUCAACCUGAUGAGAGAACGCCGUUGCCAGGACGACCUGAAGAUCACCGUGGGAGUCGACGGCUCUGUCUACAAACUACACCCUCAUUUCAAAGAGCGGUUCCACAAGCUUGUGUGGGAAAUGGCGCCUCACUGCGAGAUUACCUUCAUCCAAUCAGAAGAGGGGAGCGGCCGGGGCGCGGCGCUCAUUUCCGCUGUGGCCUGCAAGAUGGCCGCCUGCAUGCUGUCGCCGUGAAAAACGCGAUUCGUUCUCGUUGGGCGGAUUUCACGAGUCACGGCGGACCCGCAAUGCUAGAGCGGCCUCUCCAUGUGACGAAAGUGCUUUGCUCCUUUUCAACAGGAGGCUAUGGGGUUGUUUGGCAACAUCUAUUAACCACAGCCCGCUGGAAUGUUUAGCAUGUGUGUUAUUUUGUGCCAUAAAGGCAAACGCUUGCAGUUAAAUACGCUUUUAGACGCGACAUACACCUUUUAUUGUUAGCUAUUGCAAUGAGCACAUUCAGGUAAUGUUACAUAUACUUGCACCUUCAUGGCAUGGUUUGGAGAGGCGCGGAGGGACUAGAUGCGUUUGUAAAUAUAUGAACUGGUCAGGGUCAGCAAGGUAAUUGUGCACUGUUUAUUGCUUGUUUUAUUUAUUGAGUUUUAAAUUGUUUAUAUUCAGUGGUAAUCAGAACUGUUAAAUUAUUUAAUGCAGAACUUUAAUAUACUUUGUACGCGUGAUUGACUGUUGUAAAUAAACUUGCUGUACUAUUAAA